AUGGCUUUCGAUGAGGUUCCUCGAUUUUCACGAGAGGAUAUCACUUGUACCUGCUCAUAUGAUACCCGCCUCUGUGGAUCUGUCCUCAGCCAGUGGGACCUGACCGGAGGUUGGGGCCAAGUCCGAAAGGUUGAACUCUUCGCUGGACAGGUGGAUAUUCUGGCUCAAGUAAAACGGGGGUUUACUGGUGCUCUGGGAAUUCUUAAGCAGGAUGACACCAUCUUCGAACUUCAUAUUAAUUUGGUUCCAGAGUGCAAGCAUCCUAACAGGACGCAACGAACCCAAACUGCCAAUUCCACGUUCCAAGAUCUCUACACCACCAGGUGUGUUCAGUUAGAUGCCCGGCACGUAGCAGCCCCGAAGGCUGUCCUACGAACGCCGGCGUCCCACUCACACCGGCGUCCCACUCACACCUGCUGCCCCGCACUGGACGGAGCAGAGCGAAGCCAGACGCCAGAGGAGGAGCGAGAGGCCCGCCGCCCUCCGGGCUUGCCAGGUUUUCCGGCCCUGACCCCUCCUCGCCGGCCGGCCUGCCUCCCUCCCUCCCGGCGCCCCCGGGGGCGGAACGCGCGGGGCCACCCGGGCCGCGGGCCCCGGUGUUCGGGGCGGGGCGGCGCCGGCCGGGCCCAGGCCUCCCGCGCUCCCCCCGCGCCUCCUCCCGGGAGGCGGGUCCUGGGGGAGACCCGGCACCGGCCCCGCGCGGCGCGGCCCCGGCGCGCCCCAGCCCCGCGCCCGCCGCCCGGCCGCCCCGCAGGCAGGCGCCCGGCCGGCCGGGAGGUGGUGCUCGCCUCCCCGCGCCCGGGCCCGCGCGUUGCCGAGCAGCGGCUCGGAGGCUCCGAAGGGGGCGGAGCGGCGAGGCCGGCGUGCGGCUGGCGGCCCCUGUCCGCGGUUCCGGCCCCCGGCCCGCCCCCGCCUCGCCGGCCUCCCUCCGCGCCGGUGCGCGGCGCCCCGUCCCAGCCGCAGCCGCAGCGGCCGCCCCUCCCGGGCCCGAGAGCGCCGAGCCGCGAGGCCGGGCCGGGGCGCCGGCCGGGACUGCCGGGGGCGCGGCGCCGACGCCGAGGCGCGGCCAUGGAGGGGAAGACCCGCGCCGGGGUCGCGCUGGUCCCGGGGCCGAGCGGCCGCGGGCCUUCCGCCCGCCGCGCCCGCCGCCACCGCCGCCGCCCGGGGCUGCUGCUCCCCGGCCUCUGGCUGCUGCUGCUGGCCCGGCCGGCCUCCUGCUCCCCAGAUGAGCUCUUUCUGGAACAGCACAACCUCUCUUUAUCCUCCGUGGAGCUCACGAUGAAGAAAAGCACCGUGCACAGCACUGCACAUGUGGCCUUAACAGAAACUGCUCCAGGGUCCCAGCAAAGCCCUUCUCUCCAGGUCACAUCAUCUCCAUCUGCCACUAUUUUUGAUACAGUCUUUUUAAACCCAGGAACACUGACCCAAAGUAUGGCAGAUCACAGCAUCCUUGUGGCCAAUUAUGUGUCGAUGACGAGCAGUGAGGUGGUCAGAGAUGAUGAUGAAAUGGAUAACUUUUUGCCGGAAACUCCCUGGGCCACUUCGCGCGUGGUUUCUCCGCUCCAGCAUCUCCCAGUCAGCCCGCCGGUGCUGACUCCCUCUUUGCCCAUUAUUUCUUUCCAGGAUGAGCAAAUGACGUCAGCCUGGCAAAACACAGUGCCACAGCCAACAACGUAUGCCGAAGCCGCCAGUCAUUUCAGUGCUUUUUGGUCAGCCUUUUCCACUUCUGAGGGCAUACUGCCGCGUCCCAGUAGGAAUUUGGUGCUUUAUCCUACUGACACUUACGGGCACUCAGCAAGCAGGACUUUGCCGGAGAUCGCGGCUUCAGGAACAGAGGAUGGAGAAACCCUUCUUUCUGGCUCUCUGGCCGCACAGCCUCCCCUGUCAGGCAGUGGCAUCCCUCCACAGGCUUUUCCCUCCUGGGACGAGGUCUCCCCACCUCCGGAGGAUGUUCUGGCCACAGGCACGGACAGAUACCCCGACAUGCCCACGGCUCUGAGUCGCAGUCUAGAAGAAACCAUCUUCCCCAGAACAGACCCCGCUGCAAGUCUGGCACAGACAGCCCUUGCCUGUGGCCGCGGCCGUACAAAGUCGGCUUUGUUCUCAUCUCUCGCGCUUGUGUCCUUUUCUACUCGGCCAGCGGAUGUUUCUCAUAACCCCUUUCUUCCCGGCAGCGCCAGGGAAGCGUCAGGGUUGCCUGGCGAGUCAGGGGUCCCGAGGCCCGUGGACGACACUCACGUCCCGAGCCCGGCGGCUUCGUUCAGGCCGUACACGUGGUGCGUGUCCUGCGCCGUGGCGUCGCCUCGGCACGUUGCGUCAGUGAGCGUGGUGGAGAAAGACGUCGGAUCAGGGGAUGGUGCCCUGACGGUGACCACGCUGGGAGUGAGCAGCCUCUCUCCGCCGAGCAGCAGCGUAGCGGACUUCCCUGAAUUUGAAGACGAUCCCCAGGAAUUUAAUACACUUUUCCCCUCGCGACCGUUCAUUCCACUUUCUUCUCCAUCCGCGGGCAUCUCAGGAGCCAGCGUCCGUCUUUCGGCCGACGUGGGUACGGGGAGCGUUGGGACCACUCAAGCGGAUCCUUCCCGCGGCCGCCUCUCUGUGCCACUGUCACCCGAUGCUGCCACUCUGGGCUCCUCCUCUGUCCCCGAAAGCCCAGGAACGCCGUCCGGCGUGACAGCCGUGUUUCCCUCGCUCCUCGGCAGCGUGCUCCCUGACUCGGGCACAGCCAACCCAAACACGCCGUCGCCCGCUAGCGCAGACCAAGGUCCUUUUAUGUCUUCUACUCGGGGAUCGUCAGUAGAGCCUUCACUCUCCCUCGACUGGGAGCCCGGCAGCUCUUCCCAACAUGCCACCGGCCUCGGUCUGGAUUCCGCAUCCGGUUUUUUCUCAACUCCACCCCUGGAACCCAGCAGUUGGGUGUCCCCAUCUUCAGAAACACUUGCCUCUCCGUCUUCAGGGACAUCGAGUGAUGCGUUGGCCUUCAUUGCUCAGGCGUUUUCUUCCUUGGUUGAGACACUCCCGUUGUCUGACUCUGUCAAUUUGGAGGCCCCUCCGCUUUCCGUUCCUAAUCCCACGAGCUCUGAAUUUUCGCAGCUCUGGCCAAGUUCAGACCUCCUUUCAAAUACAUUCACUUUUCUUCCUGGUUACUCUGAAAUGCCCCUACUCUCCAGCUUCCCUUCGGGUUCUCUCAAGGUCUCUGAGGCGUCCACGGUUUCGCUGACCGGUCCCGAAGCUCAUUUUACCUCAGCCCUCACUGAAACUACCUCCUAUGUUGAGUGGUCACUCAUUGCCCAUGAAUCGGCGGUCACCACCCUGGCGCCCUCCAGUUCUGAGCCCACCCUCGACAUUUUGACUGUUGGGACUCACUCCGCAUCACCUCUGACUGCUUUUCGUACAACCCCCGUUGUCGUGGAGUCUUCCCUCUUUCCAACCCCGCUACCUUCCAGCGACGGUGUCAGUGCUUCGGACGGUCACACGUCGGUCUUCCCCUCUUUCUCCAAAGUCAUUCCCGGCACUACGCUCCCGGUCACCGAUGUGUACCUGUCGUCAGCCUCCUCAUUUGUUUCUGAGGCGAGCCCCUCACCUCUUCCAACAGAGCCAGUCCCCGUGGGCCCGUCGUUCACACCCACAGACUUGCCAGUGCUCGCCUCCACUGAUCCGAGCACCCCCACCGCCGGUGCUGCCCCUGGGGAUACCGUGGACGGCAGCACCCUGAGCAGCAGAACUGCGAGUCGGAAUCCCCACGAGAGCAGCUCUGUGCACCCCCCACCAUCCCUUCAUCCCGUGCCCACCUCUACUUCUGAAGCAGCGGUUCAUAGUCCAGCACUGGUCACCACCAAGCCGCCGUAUGUGUGUGAUAUUACGGUUCCCGAUGCCUAUCUGAUCACAACCGUGCUGGCCCGGAGAGCCGUGCAGGAGUACAUCAUUACGUCCAUCAAAGAGGUGUUGAGGAUCCACUUCAACCGUGCUGUGGAGCUCAAGGUUUAUGAACUGUUCGCUGACUUCACUUUCCUGGUAACAUCUGGGCCUUUUGUUUACACGGCGAUAUCAGUCAUAAAUGUACUUAUAAACAGUAAACUUGUACGUGACCAAACUCCUUUAAUCUUGGCUGUGAAACCUUCCUUCCUUGUGCCAGAGUCCAGGUUCCAAGUGCACACGGUACUUCAGUUUGUGCCUCAGAGUGUGGAUACUGGCUUGUGCAGCUUCACCCAGCGCAUCGAGAAAGGCCUGAUGAUAGCUCUUUCAGAAGUGAGCAAACACCACCAGGGGACGCAUAACCUCACUGUGCAGAUCUUGAAUGUCACCAUGGGUGCUUCCAGGCCCGCUCCUCGGCGGGGCCCGGUGAACAUCGUCUUUGCGGUCAGAGGCGCGCAGGGGUUUUUGAAUGGGACGGAAGUGAGCCAGCUGCUCAGGAACUUGAGCGUGGUGGAGUUCAGUUUCUACCUGGGAUACCCAGUGCUCCAGAUUGCUGAACCCUUCCAGUACCCACAGCUCAACUUAUCCCAGCUGCUGAAGUCCUCUUGGGUGAGAACAGUUCUCCUGGGCGUGGUCGAGAAGCAGCUCCAGAAUGAAGUGUUUCAGGCUGAGAUGGAACGCAAACUGGCGCAGCUGCUCAGCGAGGUGUCCACCCGGAGGCGGAUGUGGAGAAGGGCCACCAUCGCUGCCGGGAACAGCAUCGUGCAGAUGGUAAACGUGUCAAGGCUAGAGGGAGAUGACAAUCCCGUGCAGCUCAUCUACUUUGUGGAGGAUCAAGAUGGAGAAAGACUCAGUGCAGUCAAGUCUUCAGAUCUGAUUAACAAGAUAGAUAUCCAGAGAGCAGCCAUUAUCUUGGGUUACCGAAUUCAAGGUGCUGUUGCCCAACCCUUGGACAGAGUGAAGAGGCCGUCCCCAGAGUCCCAGAGCAGCAACCUCUGGGUCAUUGUCGGUGUGGUCAUUCCAGUGCUCGUGGUGACGGUGAUCGUCAUCAUCCUCUACUGGAAACUCUGCCGCACGGACAAGUUGGACUUCCAGCCUGACACGGUGGCCAACAUCCAGCAGCGUCAGAAGUUGCAGAUCCCUAGCGUGAAGGGCUUUGAUUUCGCGAAGCAGCAUCUGGGUCAGCACAAUAAAGACGACAUACUGAUUAUUCAUGAGCCAGCACCACUGCCGGGACCUGUCAAGGAUCACACCACACCCUCUGAAAACGGAGAUGUGCCCAGCCCCAAGGCAAAGAUCGCUUCCAAGAACGUCCGUCACCGAGGAAGAGUUUCUCCAUCAGAUGCUGACUCUACCGUAAGUGAGGAGUCCAGUGAGAGGGAUGCAGGAGACAAGACGCCAGGAACAGCGAACGAUGGCCAGCCCCACAGAGCCCCACAGAGCGGGCCACCGCCGCCCAGUUCAGGGAACGAGCAGCACUCGUCAGCCUCCAUCUUUGAGCACGUGGACAGGCUCUCAAGGUCCUCAGAGGCCAGCCGGCGGGUUCCCAGUAAGAUACAGCUGAUCGCCAUGCAGCCGAUACCAGGACCUCCAGUUCAGCACACCGUACUGGCCGACCGGGUGGCAGAAACCAACAAAAUUAACAAAGAGAUCCAGACGGCCCUGCGGCACAAGUCCGAGAUUGAGCACCAUCGGAACAAGAUCCGGCUCCGCGCCAAGCGCCGUGGCCACUAUGAGUUCCCGGUGGUGGACGACCUGUCCUCGGGCGACACGCGCGAGCGGCACCGUGUAUACCGCAGGGCGCAGAUGCAGAUUGACAAGAUCCUGGACCCCACGGCCAGCGUGCCCUCAGUGUUCAUAGAGCCCAGGAAGAGCUCCAGGAUAAAACGAUCUCCUAAACCACGCCGAAAACACCAGGUCAACGGCUGUCCCGGAGAUGCUGAGAAGGACAGACUCAUCACCACAGACAGUGAUGGCACUUACAAGAGGCCCCCCGGUGUCCACAACUCUGCCUACAUUGGUUGCCCAUCUGAUCCCGAUCUCCCGGCCGAUGUACAGACGCCGUCCUCUGCUGAGCUGGGGAGGUAUCCGGGCCUGCCCUUCCCAGCCUCCCAGUACAUCCCGCCUCAGCCGUCCAUCGAGGAGGCGCGCCAGACCAUGCACUCCCUCCUGGAUGACGCUUUUGCCCUCGUGGCCCCCAGCAGCCAGCCUGCCAGUGCUGCAGUCACAGGCCCCGGGGUCCCAGCUGUCCUGCCUGUGAACAGCACCCCUUCCCGGGACGAGAGGCGAGCCACCCAGUGGGGGUCCUUCUACAGCCCUGCUCAGACAGCCAGCAACCCCUGUAGCAGAUACGAAGACUAUGGAAUGACUCCCCCAUCAGGCCCAUUGCCGAGACCAGGUUUUGGCCCCGGUUUGCUGCCGUCUUCGGAGCUGGUGCCUUCUGAGUCCCAGCAGACACAGGCAUCGGCUGACGCCCCAUUCGCUGCCCGAGGGAUCUACCCUGAGGAGAUGCCAUCGGUGGCCCGGCCACGGCCUGUCGGGGGCACCACAGGCUCCCAGAUUCAGCACCUGACACAGGUGGGGAUUGCAAGCAGAAUUGGAGCCCAGCCAGUGGAAAUCCCACCGAACAGAGGCGGCCAGUAUGGGGGACCAGGCUGGCCUUCCUACGGGGAGGAUGAAGCGGGCCGAAGAGAGGCUACGCACAUCCUUGGCCAUCAGGAGUAUUCUUCCUCACCGCUGUUCCAGGUGCCAAGGACUUCAGGCAGGGAGCCCUCCGCUCCUCCUGGGAACCUCCCACACAGGGGGCUGCAGGGCGCGGGGCUGGCUUACGCCACCAGCUCCACAGAAGACCUCCAGCCCGGCCACUCCUCGGCUUCUCUCAUCAAAGCGAUCCGCGAGGAGCUCCUCCGGCUUUCCCAGAAACAGACCGCCGUGCAGAACUUCCACAGCUGAUCGGCCUCGCCUUGCAGAUUUGCCAAGUAUCUGCUUCCCGUGGAAGCAAGACUAAAUGGAAAUCAACUGAGUGGGUGUUUGUAAGAGGAUGUGCAUCUCCUGGGCUAGGCGCCCAUGUAAGGGAGCAAGUUGCAAUUUUAGAAGAUGCCAUAAGUCACAUGACAGCUCAUGAUGCUUUUAAUCGGUUGGCAAUUUUUUGACCACUUGGGUUUUAGUCGAAAUUUACGUACUUUUGGCCAAAAGCCAGCAGCACUUCAUGAAGACAAACCCUAAGACUAAGCUAACAAAAAUCACUAAAUUAGUCUCCUUUUUAAAGGUAAAGGAUGAAAAUUGUGUAGAUGGUUUAGGGAUUAUUGGAAUCCAGCGUUUCUGUGGGAAGAUGUGAUUCAGACUGGUUUGUAUGAUGAACUUGCUGCUUUGUUUUUUGAGAAAAGAGAUUUGAAGACAUUUUAUUAACAGCUUGAUUUUCCUCUUUUUCUCCAUAGGAACUUAUUUUAAUAGUCGUAUUAACAACAAAAAUACUAAGACUGUUGGGGAAUUUACAAAGCUACUAGUGAGAAACCAAAUGAUAGAUUGUAGAGCCUGAUGAUUCCAAAAGAAGCCAUCAUCUGCAUUUUUCCUUCUACUUCUGGUGCUACAGCUCCGAGGGCCCCCUUCACCUUUAUGUCUGUGAAAUGCAAACUUUGGCUUUUUCAGUGGAAGAGUAUGUUGAGGAUUUCAUUUUGUCCUAGGGAGGAGAAAACAAACAAAAAAACCUCCCAGCGCGGGGAGGGGAAACGUUACUAUUUAUUUGGUUAUUCAAAAUACAUAUCGAAGUUUAGAUUUACAUUCUUAAGUGUAUUUGCUGUUUAAUUAAUUGGGCGCAUGUGACUGCCAAUAGCAUCCCAUCUCAGCGCAUGCCAUCAGUAAGGCCAGUGCUAGAGGAGGCGGCUUUCAGGAGGUCAUAACUAAUCCUUGCACUUAGCUGAUGAGUUGCUCGCAAAUCACAUUUGAAUGAGAAAUCUCCCACGAGCAAAAAUUGUCUAUGAAAACUCCUAGGGCCAACAGAUUGUUAUGCACGAGUGCAUUUCUAGUAAUCAUGUUCUCUGUGUUCAAGACCUGGAAAUGAAAUGGAGUUCGGUCCAGCCUCUUUGUAAUAAAUCAAGAAAUGUAAAGAGGUGCUUUGAGGACCACAAGGGAAAGGAGGGAGUUGCUCCCAGUUUCUGAUUUUAUUGUGCACGACUGCUGAGUGACUGUUAAAACCAUCUUACGUCCUUGGGGCCUGACAGAGGGUAUCGCCUCUCUUGAGAUUCACUCUUGAAGUAAACAUUUCCCUACUUCCCAGAUUCGAGGAAGGAUCAUAAUAAUAAGGGCCGUUCUGCUUUCUGGUACUUGAGUGAAGUUCAGAAGAAAAACAGAUAACUGAUUUCCACUCUGAAUCGUUUUUUAUUAGAUCAGCUAUUACUUUUAACUAAUCACAAAUCAACAGGCAGAAUUCAGGACUCUGAGGAAUCAAAAUCUGCAUCAAGUCUUAAGAACCCUGCAACAGCUGAAAUAGGUUUCCAAAAUGUAAUCACUGGGGGCCAGAAUCAUGUUUCAGCGCUUCCUCAUUGCAGUCUGUCAGAUGGUCUUACGAUACAGGGCAUCUCGCUUCUGGGAAGUUAAAUGUAGCCGUUUCAUCCCUGCCCCUCUGGAAGAGAAGGGGCGCAGGAGAGGAAGUCUCUCGAGGAUGUUAAAGGAACGGAGACCCCUUUUCAGGCAGCCCUCAAAGGCUCCAAGGAGUGUGGGAGAGAAGACCCCCCUCUGGGCUUGAUUUCUUACCUCUCAGUCUUGGUCACAUACCAGACUCUCCCCAAAAUGGAGGAGUACUUUGCAUGUCAUUCAGAAAUACCAGGUUUCCUGAUACCCAAGCAGAAUUUUAUUUGGGACACCUUACAGUGAGUUCAGACUGUGUGACAGCAAAUGGAAUAAACACAGGCUCCCUUCUGUUCUGCUCAGUGUUGUGUUUGUACCCAGUGUACUAAGAAUCGUUACCUCCUGUGUCCAUCACAGAACCAGAUGUCUGUUCUCCAGGGAGCUGCAGUAGGGGAUCUUGAUGCCUUUCAGAUGAGCAUGAAAGGAUUCUACCUGUAUUGUUGUGCUUAGAAUUGAUACACUUUUAAGCAAAUGUCAAGACCAAAGAUAACAUGUGAUAACCGGCAGGGUGUGGCGUGGUGUGAGCAGGCCUGUGGGAUCACAGGGUUCGUGAGUUGGUCGUAAACCACACUUGGUCUGCACUUGUGUUCUCUAAACACCUGCAGCAGUCUACCUGUCACAGAACUCAGGACAGACUAACUGUUGUGGGGAGCACCACACCCAAAUGGAUCUCCGGACGCUCAGUUAACGUGAUCUACUUAAAAGAAAGGUCCUCAAGUCGAUCGUGGGUGGCCUUGGAGUUCUAAAAUGAAAAGUUAAAUUUUGUGUCUCUUUUUCCUUAGUUUGAAAGUUCUAGUGGUAAUAAUGCAAGCUAUGAAGUUGAGUUACAGUUUUAGAGAGAGUUGGAGAAAUGAUCGUUUUCAGAGACUACUCUGUCACCAACUUGCUGUGUCAGGUCCAUUCCUGAGCCUCAUUCUCCUCAUCAGCUGAACGAGAACAGACCUCCCCUGCCCACCUCCCAGAAUUUCUUGUUUUGAGAUUCACAUGUGCUCAUAUGUGCAAACAGCCUUUGAGGAGGGAGCACAAAGCUUGGUGAAAUGUAAGAUGUUAUCUGUAUGAUUGCACUGGAAUUGGACAGUCUGAUACGCUGUCAUCUACCAGUGAAUGAAUUCACGUGGAGGUAACCAGAGCAAAACUAAGGUCUCCGUGUGUCUCUUCUUCUCUCCCGAUUUGCUUUAAAUUCGCUUCCGUUGCCAUUAAUUUCAAAACAGUGUUUAUCAAACAUCUUUCUGCUCAUGAUUUUUUGCUGUUUGUAGCACCAAAAAAGUCACCAUGAGCCCUGUGUUCUGAGAUCUUAGAGUCUAAGGCAGAUAGCACAGAUGGGUAUAAAAGACAGAAGAAGAUACAGAUACAUAAUGUGGUGUGAACGUCAGAAAGAUUCAUUGAAAAUACACCAGUGCAUUGGGUACUCACUCAGGAGAAGGGAAGUUGCACUUUGGAAACCACGGGGUUCUGGGGAGAAGCCCACUUGAGAAGCUACUGUAAUGAAGACGGGGGAGCUGGUGAGAUGGCAAGGAAAGAGCUGGGAGUAGGCCUGAGGAAGGACGUAGAAAGUGGGCGAAGCUGUCAUUGAACAUGAACUUGAUCUGCUGCAGUAUGAGGACAGGAUCCCUAACCGCACUCUGUAAGGAGUUUUAAUAAAACAAGAGGAGGAAAUGGGACUGUGAGAACGGGUUUGCAGUAGUACAGCAAGAAAAUGGCCAGGUCUGCGAAGAAGGUCUGCUCAGCAAGAGAUCCAGUCUGGAGGAGGGAAGAGAAAGGUACCAAGAACUGCUGGAGGAACCAAUUCUAAAGUAUGAAAAUAUUGCAAGAAUUCCACCAAGGUUUAUGGCGUAGAGCCGAUCUCAGUGGUCAGCCCUAAAACCACAUUAAAUCCUUUGUGGAGCAGAGUAGGUUAUAAAUAAAUACAUUCCACUUCUUUGUAGCUACCUACACAAUUUUUCUCCAGAUUUUAUUUAAUUUCAGAAUACGGUUUGAUUUUGGUGGCAUAUGACUUUUGAGCAGCAGACUAAGCGGGUUUUGCCAACUGGACUUUUCAGGGCGUGAGGCCUGUGAUGCAAAGCACAGGUGAGAGGGGCACCUGAAGGCUUUGGGCCGAAACAGGUAAUGCUGUGCUUCUUGAGCCUCCCAUUUAACUGUGUACAGGGUCAGUGUUGACUGUAUUCGCACUUCUUAGUGCUCCAGUGGCCAAACCGGUCACUCGGACACCGAUUUGCUUUUGCAGUAAUUCACACGUUAAUCAUUACAUGAACUUCCCGUCCCCUUUCCUACUGGAUUCUCAGACAUGAAUGAAUUUGCUGGUUGAAAGGAAAGCUGGUUGAGGUUCUGGGCAGGGAAGAAGGGGGCUUCCAGUCUUAAGUACCACACUGACCUCUGCUCGAGGUGAGUUGCAGCCAUUCCAUUUCUACCUCCAAAGCCAGUCUCCAGAGCCUGCUUAUCCACAUUUGUCCCGGCGGGAGGGUGAGGGGGUCUGCUUCUGUACCUGCACACUGACCAUUUGAUCACAAAAUGCAUUUUUAUGGGAUGGUAACUUGAACUUCAUUCUGACAUUUAAUCCAACACAUUAAUGGAUAUUCUUGUAACAGGUGAGAGGGGUUUCUAAGAGCAACUGCUGUAACAUACUCAUAAAAUGUAACAGGCUCACACUUACUACCUAAUGAAUAAGGGGUGUGUAUAUUUCAGGUUUCUUUUGAUAUUUUUGGAGGCAACUUUCAGUGCUUAGGACUCCUCUCUCUAAUAUUAAAAAGACUUGAAAACUGAAACCUCACGGUACGAUCCUAAUUCCAUGCUUGUGUGUGUUAACAGUACAUUUGAGAAUUUAUCUUAAGAACACACAGCAGCAUUGAAAUUUAGGAAAAGCAUUUUAAAUGCCUUUGGAAACAUGAAACAAAGUUAGGAACCCGCAAGCAAGUGAGAGAAGGAAUGAAUGUCUUAAGCUGAGGUGGUCUAGUCCAAAUUAGUUUCCCACAGGGUAGUUACGCAGGCUCCUUGCUUUGCCUUUCUUCCUCUGGGUUGCUCUGCCCUGGGGCCACUUCACAUUUAAAGAAAGAGUGAAUAGUAGAAGGGACAGUGAUUUGAGUCGCUUGGUCCCUGAUUCCACCAGAACUUUCUGGACAACUUGGAGCGUCGUGAAGGGUCUCAUGCCCCUGAUUCAAGUAUUCAUGACUUGACAACCUAAGUGUGCAAGUUAGGAAGAGCACAGGGCCAAGUUCAAGCGAGACACCCUGUGCUGUUCCUCUUGUUCAUGGGGGGAAAGAAGGAGGCUUUCACCGAUUAACGCACUUGCUCUAAGCACCAGAGGGCUCAUUUCAGGAAGGGGUAUACACUCUGCUUAGCCCUCCUCCAGAGCAUCUUCGAAGGAGCAUGGAAAUUGGGCUCAUUACCCUUGCAGGAAAGGAGGCUCAGCAGAGCCAUUCUGGGAUACCUGCUUGUCUCCUCCUACUUUGUCAAGGUCCACGUUCCUCUGACUCUUCCUGCACUCUCCUUCCUGGAUUGUGAGUGAUAAUGUACGAAAAUACGCAGAGUCAAUUGAGGCCACUUGUGGCAUCAAUACUGCAACUUGAACUUGACAAUCAUGGUUUGCUGGUCUCAAACGGGCACUUAAAUUUCAGUGUGGGUAUAUGAUUUAGUAAUCGAACCUUCCCUUCUAUUUGUCAGUUAUGUUUCUACCCUUCAAUUAGCUGCACUGUUUUCUAAUGUGCUGUAGAGUUUUUGAAAUAAUUUAUGCAAGUGUUUGGUUUCCAUGUUUACAAUUUAUACUGCUUUCCUAGCAUUUUAAAUGGAAAUGUCAAUAAAUGCUAUGAAUUGGUGUCAAAUGA